CAAGCGGUGAAGUAGGAGAGACACAAGCGGUGAAGUAAAUAGUGAAAGGGAAAAUAGUUUUUUUUUAAACUGGAAGAAUUUUGGGCAUUAACAUAGGUUGAGUAUACCAUUGAGCACCUUCAGUGUAAUCAUUUUACCCUGUAGGGUCUAAAAUUUCCGCUGUUAAUGACCAUUGUCAGGAUCCUCCCAAUGUCCAUUCUGAUAGGUUUUCAAUAAAUGUGAUGGUUAUUCAUACUUCCGGCACCUUCAAUUGUCUGACGUCAAACACCUGUUUACUAAAAACAGUUAGAGAGACACAAGCGGUCGAAGUAAACAGUGAGAGGGAAAAUCGAUUUUAUGGAACUCGAAGAAUGAGGCAUAAACAUAUGUUGAGUAUAAUACUGAGCACCUUCAGUAUAAUCAUUUUACCCUGUAGUUCCUAUGUUCAAAAAUUUCCGCUGUUAAUGCCCAAUGUCCAUCCUGAUAGAGAUGAGUUGUACCUCUGCACUCCGGCUAAAAUUGUGCCAAAAAGAAACUUCUACAUCGUGGGGUUUGAACCGAAUGCCACUAUGGAUAGAAUACAUCAUAUGAUUUUGUUUGGAUGUACCGAGCCUGGAAGUGAUGACCCAUACUGGGAUUGUGGUGAAAUGAGUAUGACAGAACCAAAUGAAUUGAAAAAGAGACCGCCUUGUUCCAGUGGUACCCAUGUCAUCUAUGCGUGGGCCAGAGAUGCAAAAUCAUUAACAUUACCAGAAGGAGUAGGCUUUCAGGUUGGACAAAAUACUUCCAUUAAAUAUUUGGUUAUACAACUGCAUUACUCUCAUAAAUUACCAGGAGAUGAUCUUGAUAGUUCUGGUCUGACUUUGCUCUACACGGAAACGCCACUGAACAAACUUGCUGGUGUUCUUCUUUUGGGAACAGGCGGAGAAAUUGCUCCGCAAACCAUAACUCAUCUGGAAGUUGAUUGUUCCAUUAAUGAAGGAAAGGUGAUCCAUCCAUUUGCUUACAGGGUCCAUACUCAUAGUUUGGGUCGAGUUGUUUCAGGCUACACAAUUAAUCGUGACGAGUAUGGAAGAGAUCACUGGACAUUAUUGGGAAAAAGAGAUCCAAUGACACCUCAGAUGUUUUAUCCAGUUUUUGACAGAAAUCCUAUUGGCCCCGAACAAAGAUUGGCAGCUAGAUGUACAAUGGAAAGUUCAAGCAGAAAUUCUUUCACGUUUGUAGGGCCGACAAAUCAGCAUGAGAUGUGUAACUUCUAUCUCAUGUACUAUGUUGAAAACGAUUUACCACUUGACCGUAAAUAUUGCAUGAGUGAAGGACCACCAUACUACUAUUGGAAGAAAAACUAUAAAUUGAAUAAUAUUCCUGACUUUGAAGCGUCAGCCCUAUUAGAUCGUCCCCCACUAGCGGUUGCACAUCAUUAAACUCUUAAAAUCGAUCUGACAACUCUCUAAAUUUUCCAGUAACUGGUUUAUUUUUCAAAAAUGUGAUGCACUACAUUCCUGAUAACUUUCAUUCUUAACAUUGCACAGUAUUAAAUGUACUUAGGUUCAAGUUUUUUUUUACAAAAUGGAAGGUUCAAGUUUUUUUUUCCAAAAUGGAUAUGUCACAAUGUAUAGUUUUAUAUGUAAUUUAACUGUGAUUUGACAGUGGUAGCAAAAUGUAUUAUUUUUUAUAUUUUAUUUACAAACUUUUCAAGUACAUAAUUUAUACAUAUAUUGAUUUACAAGAAAAUGUUUUAAGCUAUAUUGAUUUACAAGAAAAUGUUUUAAGCUAUAUUGAUUUACAAGAAAAUGUUUUAAGCUAUUAUUAAGUUUGGUUGUGGGGAGUCUUCCGGUAUUUUAUCUCUGUUAUAGGUUUAUGAAUGAUAGGAGAAUUGUAUAAAAAAUAAUGAAGGAUUUAUUGUUAUCAAGUUCAAAUCCAUCUAAAAUACAAUCAGUCAACCUUGUGUGAUUUGUGCCAAAAAUUCAAUUUCGAUUUGAAAUAUAAUUUCAAAUGGUUAUAUUCCUUAUAGGUGAAUGUACCGACUUCAAAUUUUUAUUCUAAUUGUAAAGUACAAAAUAAGAAUUAAUAUUGACCUGAUGAGUUUAAAUGUUAUUGAUUUUUUUGGUACCACUACUUUCAGUAUCUAGUUCAUUUAGGAUUGGUUGGCUUGCUGCAUUAUGAAGGUAUUAGGUUUUGGGUACUAAAUACAAUUCUUCUUUCAACUUUUUUUUCGCUUUAAUUGAAAUCUAAACAAUCUUUAUCAUUGAGAGUACUACUAUCAUCUAUUCCUUAUAACAAUCAAUUCAAAUUCGUGGUCAAGAGUGCUGUGAAGAAAUCAGAGUUAAUUUUCUGUGAUUAAAAGUAGCACUUAGCUUGUACCAAUAUCACCAACAUUUGUUCACAUACUUUAAUGGCCAGUUGCACCAUUUGCCUAUACAUUGAUUAAAAAUUUAAACGUUGGUUGCUUUCUGAUCAGAAAGUAACCAACGUUUAAAUUUUUAAUCAAUGUAUCUGAUCAGAAAGUAACCAACGUUUAAAUUUUUAAUCAAUGUAUAGGCAAAUGGUGCAACUGGCCAUUAGAGUAUGUGAACAAAUGUUGGUGAUAUUGGUACAAGCUAAGUGCUACUUUUAAUCACAGAAAAUCAACAUUGAUUUCUCCACAGCACUUUUGACCACGAAUUUAAAUGAACGCUCGUUAUAUCAGCCUGUUCUAAUUCUGUAACUGCAUUCUAGAAACUUUUCCUUUUGCAUGAUAAUCUUAUCUACAUAUCAAUAUCAUGUGUUUCUAUGUUGUCUUUAUGUGAAUCUCAAAUAUUUAAAAGAAAAUAUGUUAUUAAUGUAUAAAGUGUAUAACUGUGAUGUUGUAAUCAAUUUGUCAAUGUCAAUCUGAUGAAAUAUAAAAAUAUGACAUGCAAAUUUGCUGAAA